GAUCACCACCUGAAACACCAGGCUCGACUACAAUACGGUUUAUUCCUUAAGCAAUUGCUUUUUGGAGAAAGGCGUUUUCUGCCAAGGUCACCGAUGAGAAGUUCACAAAAGAGUACUUAUAUAAUAUCAAACACAGCUAUGGCUUGGUUGGAAAGAUGGCAAACUAUCCCGCGAGAAGGUAAAUCCACUGCCAUGAAAUUGAGCAAAAGACUGAAGCAUGACAAGAUAGCCUUACAGAGUACGAUGGGGAUUUCCAGUCAUGACUUACAGGACGUCAUGAACUCCGUCAAGUCGGAGCAUUAUCAUGUAGCAUGCACACGUGUCUAUGAGUUGACUCAUGGUAUUAAGCGUGGAGAAGGGAUCGGAGGUGGAGAAAGUGUCACCCAUCCUAACGGAUAUGCCCAACGAAGUCGCGAGCUGGAGAAGGCCAGAACAGAGGCAGCUACGAAUGAAGAUGCCAUGAAGAUAGAUUAA